AUUCACGGCGUGCAUAUCGAGCCGGCGCACGAAGUAAAGAAGCGUAGCAUUAGUCAGCCAGUUCGCAUCCUGCUAUCUUACGACGAGAGCGUCUUUAGGUUAGAUGACGAGAAGCUGGAUCUCAUUAACAAUACCAUUCUACCCGAAGCCGUGCACUUUUGGGAACGAGCGUUGAUGGUGCGAGAAACGAAGAGUACCAUUAGGUUGAACAGGAAAUGCGAGAGUAGUCAAGUUUUCGUUAAGGAUCACCACACACACUGUAUAAAUACGUGUCGCACUGUUACUAUGUGCGGCGAAGUAGUCGUCCCGGAGGACCAUCUUGACGUCUGCAGAACUUGCAACGCGACAGGACACAAUUGUGGAAUUGCUGAGGGCAGUAAAGCAGGUCCAGGAAUCGACGGUGCCGAUUUUGUCUUCUAUGUGUCUGCUAUGCAGACUGAGAGAUGUCAUAAGGGUUUAACAGUAGCCUAUGCUGCUCAUUGUCAACAGGAAGCUGCUUUAGACCGGCCGAUAGCUGGCCAUGCCAACCUCUGCCCAGGAAGCAUCAGCACGAAACCGCAGGAGUUGGAAACGUUGCUCAGCACUGUUAAACACGAAAUCCUGCACGCUUUAGGAUUUUCUGUGAGCUUAUACGCUUUCUACAGGGACGAGAAUGGCGAGCCCAGGACGACCAGAAGAAGCGAUACCGGAAAACCACCCCUUAAUGAAAAGUUGCAAACGCACCAAUGGAGCGAGAACACGAUCAAAACUGUGGUCAGGCCCCGCUGGCAAGUGCACGGCGGUAACGUGGAGAGGACCAUGCAAAUGAUAGUCACGCCUCGUGUCCGCGCUGAGGUUCAAGCUCACUUCAAUUGCCCGGAACUUGAGGGCGCGGAAUUGGAGGAUCAGGGUGAGGACGGCACGGCUCUCACGCAUUGGGAGAAGCGUGUGUUCGAGAACGAAGCGAUGACGGGUACACAUACGCAAAAUCCAGUUUACUCGAGAAUAACACUCGCUCUCAUGGAAGAUACCGGCUGGUACAGUGCCAACUAUUCAAUGGCGCAAGAGCUAGGAUGGGGGAGAAAUCUAGGAUGCAGCUUUGCUAUGAAAUCCUGUAAGGAAUGGAUAUCCUCCAAAUCAUCCCCGCUAUCGGGAAAAUCGAUACAUCCUUUUUGCAACAAGGUGAAACAGGAUCCGUUGCAAACCGAAUGUACGGACGAUCGAAGUUCAGUGGCCUUAUGUAAUCUAGUAAAACAUCCGCAACCACUGCCCAAGAAAUACCAGAACUUCGAUUCAAUACCUCACGUACCAUCGGGAGAGGAACAAUACUACGGCGGUUCGGUAUCUCUGGCGGAUUAUUGUCCUUACAUACAGGAAUUCACGUGGAGAGCAAAGAAUAUAGUAGUCAGGGGUUCUCACUGUCUCUACGAGGAGAAUAAUCCGCAUUCGGACAAGAAUUUCGCAUUAGAGAAGUAUGGACCUCAUUCGAGAUGCUUCGACCACACUAAUGACAUGUGGGAGGAAAGAACUUGCAAACAAGCGCGACAAUGGCAGCAUUGGGGCUCCGGUUGUUAUUUGUAUAAAUGCGAGGUCGGCAGACUGCACAUUAUGGUCGGCAAUUAUACUUACACUUGCUUUCAUGCUGGACAGGAAAUUAUUAUAAGAAUUAUGCAGAACGGUUGGCUGCACAAAGGGGCUUUAAUCUGUCCACCUUGUCGUGAUAUUUGUCAAGCCGAAUUUAAAGCACGAGGCGAAUGGUGCAAACCAGGGGAUGAACAUCCACCUUCCACGUAUUAUCACAAAGACUAUCUCCACUGUGCGUCCGCAAAUAGUUUUGGCCUGAGCGUACCAACAUUUAUUAUUGCAAUGUUAUCUUUCGUCGUUAGAUGAUACGUCGUUCGCUUUAGUUAAUUUGUUUUAGCAAUACCGAAUCUAGAUCCAUAAAUAUCAUCUAAUGAACUGUGUAUCAUAUUUCGGCAGUGAUAUUGUUAGUCCGGUCUGAAAAUAUUUUAUUUCUCAAUACAUAUAUAUAAAAUAUCAACAUUA